AUGUUUUACUACGCUGCAGCAGCUGCAGCUGGACCGUCAUUAAGCACUCCACAGGAGGAAGCUCCGUCUACUCUUCAAAACAAAACCACGAGCUCUCAUCCUCAGAUCGACGAUGGGAACACUGCCACUUCACAGGGAACUCGCAAGCGUGGCACCAAACGAGGGCGACCGACGAAGAAUCCCGUCUGGACAUUCUUCCGUCGUAUCGAUGAUAAAAGUGUCCAGUGUAAUAUGUGCGCGAGGCUUGUCAAGUCAGCAUGCGCUACAAAUAUGAGUAAGCACCUGGAGCGACAUCAUCAGAAUGCCGCCGCAGUGACAACGCCAAGUCCAAUUGAUCAAGUUGACUUCAACGCUCACAAGUACGAUCAGUCUGUUGUGAGCCGGUACGAUGUUCAUCAGCCACCUCCAUGGAAUCCGUACUCGCAAGCACAUGCAGCCACUGAAGCACGGUGGUCACGAGCUAUGAUCACUACCAGAACAUGCAAGCACUACAGCGCCCCCUACCAGGUGUCCCAUGGAAUGCAGACCGACGAGGUGCAAAAAGAAAUCGUCGAACGAAACAUCCGGUGA